AUGUCGAAAUCACAGUCGUCGGCACCUCGCCUCCCGUCGAAACUCAUCCUGACAUCGACAAAAGCAUAUUUCACACCGAGCCGAACAGUCGAGUAUCUGACAUCGAUCCUCGACCCGGCAACGGGAAUCCUGCCCCUCCUGGAAUCCCACCGAUCGGAACUCCUCUUCGUGCUGAUCCCCGAUUUCCUGACGAUCUACCCCUGCUCGCAGAUCCUGUCCUCGCGCUAUCCGUCUGCAUCCACCUCUCCCCCACAAGACACCAACAGCGACAGCGACACCAACGUCGACUCCACAGCCUGGCCCCUCGCACUGGGCGCCCAAAACGCAUUCCAGACCCCAUCUUCAACACCGUACGGAGCAUACACAGGGGAAAUCACGCCCGCGGCGAUCAAAAGCCUCGGAUGCGCGGUCGUGGAGCUCAACCACGCGGAGCGGCGGCGGCUGCUGGGGGAGAGCGACGAGACGGCGGCGCUCAAGACGGGCGCCGUGACGCGCGCAGGCCUCGUCCCGCUCGUGUGCAUCGGCGAGCUGGCGCGGCCGGACCUCGACGGGCCCUUGAGCGCCGCGGUCGGCGUCGCGGUGCGCGAGCUGACGCCGCAGAUCGAGUGUGUGCUUGGUGCCGUGGAGGGGGACGCGCAGGUCGUGAUUUUCGCGUACGAGCCGGUCUGGGCCAUCGGCGCGGCGGAGCCUGCGGGCGUCGAGUAUGUCGGCCCCGUGGUGCAGGCGAUUCGGGAGAUGGCGAGGGAGGUGGGGUUGAGGAGUGGUAAGGGCGGAGUCGAGGUCAAGGUUGUUUAUGGUGGGAGUGCUGGGCCGGGGUUGUGGAGUGGGAGGGCUAAUGGGGGCAAUGGGUUAGGGAAGUAUGUUGAUGGGUUGUUUUUGGGCAGGUUCGCCCAUAAGGUGGAUGGUGUUAGGGGUGUGGUUGAGGAGGUUGUGGAGAGCUUGAAGGGGGCGUGA